ACGUGGGCGUUCACGUUUCCGCGCGCCCAGCACAACGAGAACAGAACAGGGCGAAAAAUCCAGCGAAAGCUAGUCCAGACUGAGCUUCCUGACCCGAGCGCGUUGUGUAGAGGAAGUUAUCUCCAGACGGCCCAGCCUGCACGGGGAGCUCGGGGUUUCUGCCGUUCUCCUUUCUCUCUUCUUCUUCUUCUUCUUUUCUUUUUUUGCACAACUGCACCGAUUUUGCACGGCUGGGCGGUUGAAGUUUAGUGUAAUUCGGGACCCGCUCCGUUUUGAGUUGCAGUGGGGAGCAGCAGUACCCGCUCCGCGUCGUGCCACACAGGGAGGAGAGGAGAGGAGAGGAGAAGAGGAGAAGAGGGGAGAGGAGAGGAGAGCAGAGCAGAGCAGAGAAGAGAGGGGGCAGAAGUUUCCGCUGGCUUGUUUUGUCACUGCGGGGCUGGUAAAUCCGCAGGAAUGUCGCAGAAGGAGAGACCCACUUUCUACCGACAGGAGCUCAACAAAACCGUGUGGGAGGUCCCGGAGCGAUACAAGAACUUAUCUCCCGUCGGCUCCGGCGCUUAUGGAUCCGUAUGUUCAGCGUAUGAUGUAAAGACGGGCCUGAAGGUAGCAGUGAAGAAGUUGUCCAGACCCUUCCAGUCCAUCAUCCAUGCAAAGAGAACCUACAGAGAGCUGCGGCUGCUCAAACACAUGAAGCACGAGAAUGUAAUUGGUCUAUUAGAUGUUUUCACGCCAGCGACAAGCUUAGAGGAGUUCAAUGAUGUGUAUUUGGUGACCCACCUAAUGGGGGCAGACCUCAACAACAUUGUCAAGUGUCAGAAGCUGACCGAUGACCACGUCCAGUUUCUCAUCUACCAGAUUCUCAGAGGCUUAAAGUACAUCCAUUCUGCAGAUAUCAUCCACAGAGACCUGAAGCCCAGUAAUCUGGCUGUGAAUGAAGACUGUGAACUCAAGGUGAGAAGUAGUCCACUUACAACAAUGUUCACUAUAUGUGAUUUAGCUGUCUCCCAAACUCCUUUUUCCUCUGCUUCUUUUCCUGCUGCUUUUACUCACAAACAUCACUUCAUCGGUCAGAUCCUGGACUUUGGUUUGGCACGGCACACAGACGAUGAAAUGACAGGCUACGUAGCCACCCGGUGGUACAGAGCCCCAGAGAUCAUGCUCAACUGGAUGCACUACAAUAUGACAGUGGAUAUCUGGUCAGUCGGCUGCAUCAUGGCUGAACUCCUGACUGGACGGACACUCUUCCCUGGUACAGACCACAUUGAUCAGUUGAAGCUUAUAAUGAUGCUCGUCGGAACCCCAGGGCCCGAGCUCUUGAUGAAAAUCUCUUCGGAGUCAGCAAGGAACUACAUUAAUUCACUCCCCCACAUGCCCAAGAGGAACUUUGCUGAUGUGUUUAUUGGUGCCAACCCUCUUGCGGUGGACUUGCUGGAGAAAAUGCUGGUGUUGGACACAGACAAGCGGAUCACAGCGUCUGAGGCUCUCGCCCACACGUACUUUGCCCAGUACCACGAUCCAGAUGACGAGCCUGAAGCAGAGCCGUAUGACCAGAGCUUUGAAAGCCGCGAGCUGGAAAUUGAGGAAUGGAAGAACUUAACCUACGAGGAGGUACUCAGCUUUGUGCCGCCAUCAUUUGAUGGAGACGAGAUGGAAUCCUGAGGAGGAGGAAUCUUUUCUUCCAUCUUUUGUUUUUCAAGAGACACUCUUUAAGGACUAUCAGUCUCAUGUGACUAUCCACCACUAUCAUCACACACAUGCACAACCAUGACAUUCAAGUGCCUGCCGUCAUUCAUCUCUGGGGGACAUUGCGAUAUCAGGGAUAAAACUCUACAUCCUGUGCAUCCCACCCCCCUCCCCCACUUUGCGGUUUUGGUUACCGUUUAUCCCAAUGUGCUGAGGCAGCCUUUAAUCCUCCUUAUAUUUUUAGACAGUUUUUGCUUCAGACAUUUAUUGUUUAUAUUGUGCCCCCUCUUUGAUUCACAAAACUAGAAAUCAUAUGUCAGUAUUUUAAAGCAAAUUGGAGAAAUUGAACUGCUGAUAUGUAUUUUAUAAAGUUGUACUACUAAGAAGCAAUUAAUACCAUAGGAAAAGGUUGAAACAAUGAUGUAUCUAAAGUUUAUCUGUUCUCCACACAUUAAAUUAAAUGUUAUUUCUAUCAGUGCAUAGAGACGUGUAAAUAUGACAGCAAACAGUAUUUGUACAGAAGUACUUCAGGCAAAACUGUUACCAUAUGUGUGUAAUAGUCAAUAUUUGCUGAGACACACCUCAGCUGAUUCUUUUGACAGUAUGACUUUUAUUACGAGAGUUGAGCCUUAAUUUGCAUCCAAAAAGAUACAGGAUGUAAUUUAUUACAUGUAUGUACAGAAAAGGCUAAAAAAUGUCAAAUAUUCACCUCUAAAAGGAAAAUUCAAGGCUUCAUGUUUCUUAUUAUUGGAUUUGAAAGCCUACAGUAUCCCAUUUUAAACAAAAAUGCAAAUUUGGAGAGUAUGGCUUAUUUAUCACCCAUUUAACAUCUUGUUUAAUUUCAACUCCUUUCCUCCAUAUCAAUUCUUUUAGCACUUGUGUUCGGCUGUUUCAGAAGAAUGUUUUAGCAAAUAGUCACCCACAGGACCAUUUCAGCAUGGUAAAGCCAGAUUAAGCGGAUUAGUUUAUUGAAAUUUGAUGUUUUCCAUCACAACAUCAACUGACAAUGUAAUUUAAUCAUAUUGCAUUUACAAAACAGUACUAUUAAUGUUUAUUGAAUGUUGGGGGCACCAGUUUGCCCUGUAUUUAUGAUCUUUUGUUAUGUUGUUUGUAUAUCGAUGUAAAAGAGAAUAUUAUUUGUCAGAAUUUAAGGUUGUUUUUUUUUUUUAUUAUUUAUGGAAAGCUUACUGUAUCAGAAACCAAAUGUAUCAUCAAUAGUCUCAUACGUCAGUUGAGCUGUGGUGACUGCAGUUACAGCUUGUGUAUCAGAGCCAACAAUGUUAGUAACUUGUUGUAGACAACCAUAUAAAUUUAAGCCCAACUCUGCUCAUCUUGCAGUUGUUUGUCAUGAGUUCUGAGUUUUUAAGAGUUGCUAAAAAAAAUGUAUGUAUCUUAUUGUGUUCCCUGAGGUACAGCCUUCCAAAAUUAUCCUGUUUCUUAAAAAAAUGGCAAUAGAAAACAUAUCCGGAAAUCAAAGAAAAUUAAGUAUUACAAGUGAGUCAACAUUAACAUUGACCAACAAACCACUGAACUGUAGACUCUUCUGUGCGAACCAUUUUAGAAAUCCACCAACACUCAAAUGUGAUUUACAAGCUAUAUCCACAGUUGCUCUGGCUAGUGUCAACCAAACGAUAUCAGUGUCUUCACGAUUUCAUUUACAACUGCUUUCAUGUAACUGUGUUUUCAUGUAGUCCUUUUUCUAAUGUAUUAUUUUAUUCUUCGUAUGUUAAAUCAAGAUUUGAUAUUAUACUGUAAUCCUGUAAUAUUGAUUGUUUAAAUGAGCAACGCUAGAAAUAUAUCUGGCAUUAAUUUGAAUGAUUUGUUAGGGCACAUGUUUGUGGAAAAGAGUGUACGUUUACUCACUGGAUGCUGAAGGGCAAUGCUGAACCCUUAUAUUUUGUCAUUUUAAAACAACUGUCGAUUAGAUGGGAUAUUUAUCUUGUCCAUAUCCCAUUGUCACCAAUUAAUUUGGUUAUUGGUUAUGCUUUCUUUGCCUGAGAUGUGUUCAUAUCUUUUUACUAUGUUCUUUAUUACAUGUACCAAGACAGCAGGCCACGCCACCUGUAAAUACCACCAUUAGAAAAUAAAGACUA